AUGUCCACGGUCACUUUCGGUCAUCUUGAUCAUCGAACAAACGACGAAACAGUGAAAAACUUCUGUCAAACUUUCGGCCGAGUGCUCAAUUGUUACAUCAAAUCGAAUCAAUGCACCGUUACAUUUGCUGAUAAACAGCACGCCGACGAAUUUAUCCGCGCAUCGCCACAUCAAAUCGAUUCCUACAGUUCAGUCAAUGCCACAAUGAAGACACAUUUAAAUCGACCUAGUAACCCUCACUCUGCUCAAUCGACAAAUAAUCCAACUGACGGUUGCCGAUUAACAAUCCGCGGAUCAGCUGAACAGUUAGACGAAAAAAAUUUACUAAGAUACUUUUCACGCUAUGGAUAUGUACGCAUGUGUCUACCGAAUUUAGCUCAGGGUUACGCGACGAUUACCUUCGACGAUCGAACGAGCUGUGAACGAAUUUUAAAUGAAUCGCGACAUUUUCUCAAUGGUCGACCUUUGACUGUUGAACCUCACGCAUCAUCCAAAUCCAUAUCACACCCGUCAGAAUCUUCCAAACGAAGGAAGUAUUCCGAAUCAACAUUAACUGGUAAAUCCGAACACGAGAGAGAACAGUUAGUCAAUGAACAAACGCGUUUGAAAAAUCAGUACGAGCAAUGCAUGCAACUGUAUGAACAUGAGAAGAAACAAUUGAAUGAAUACUUGACGAAACAACAAGCCGAUUUCGCUCAACAAGUUGCACAUUAUCAAUACUUACUUAAACAAAGUUACGAUGAAAUAGCCAGUAAAGAUAAGCAAAUCGAGCAGUUAAAACAAGAAAACAAAGAUAUUGAUGAUCUUUUGCGACAAACUGUCCACGAUAACGAACAACAACAAAUACAUUCCAAGAAAAGAGAGGAAGCGCAUAGUCAAAUGAAGAGAAAAUAUGAAGAACUUUAUAAAGGUUAUAUGAAACUAAAAGAUAAUUGUCCCACGCCACGUGAUAAAGAUUCAAUUUCGAUAAUCAAUCCGGUGUCUACUUCAAAAUCUGCAAUUGAUGAUAUGUCUUCAUCGUUAUCGUCAUUCAAAUGUCAAAUAUUACUACGCAAUCUUCCGAAACGAAUUAGUGUUAAGCAAAUUCAACAAUAUGCAGCGCGCUACGGAUCAGUGAUUGAUUGUUAUUUUCGCGACAACGAGAAUGACUACGUGAUCGAAUUCAACGACCGGACAAGUGUCGACGUUUUCAUGGCUAAACGGCCGCAUAUGAUUGAUGGAAUUGAAUUUCUUUGUCAACGUUGUUUACCACCAUUCGAGUUACAAAAGCUAGUCAAGCGUAUUUUUCUUCGUGGAACUGUGCAACAAUUAACUGAAAGUCGUUUGUCAAAUUACUUCGAUCGUUAUGGCAAAGUUGUAUCCUGUACGAUCCCGAAAGGCAAGCGAAACAAUGCAUUUACACAUCAUGGUUACGCAUUUGUUGCGUUCGACGACGAAGAUAUUGUUGAUCGAAUUAUUCAAGAUAAACCGCAUUAUAUCGAUGAAAUAGAGUUAGAAAUCGAGAAAGCUGAAGAUAUGGGACGGCAACGACGCGAUUCUCUGUCUCCAUCACCAAGUUCGCGUUCAUCGCAUUCGGUUUUAGUGAAUAAUAAUAAUAAUCAUAACUACAAGCGUGUGCGACGGGAUACACCUUCUCCACCAACAACAAGACGCCCGACCCGUUCGUCAGAGGAGUUUACUAUUCGACAUCUAGAGGAUGAAAUUCAUCGAUUACGCGAACAUGCAGUCAUGGCGAGACAUCAUUUCGAUGAAACUGUUUGGAAAUUACGACGCGAACUGGAUGAUGAACGUCGUCGUCAUGAUCAACUCAAACUCGACUAUGAUCUAUUACGUCGAGAAUUAGCACACAUGUCCUCAGAAUUGCAACCGAAGAAUCCGCCAAGACAUUUCAAUUCCAACAAUAAACGCGAUCUCGCAUCAAGACAUUAA